GGGCGCGGGCGGCCGACCGGAGCCGAGUGCAGCCGAGCCGGGCCGAGCCGGGCCGAGCCGGGCCGGGCCGGACCCAGGAGCGCGCGGGCGAUGCGGGAGGCCAGGCCGGGGUCGGCGGGCCCCUGAUCCCUGCGCCCCAGGCCAGCCAGGGAGCCCCGCGGCGGCCGCGCGCUCCAGCCGCCGGCCCGCCAUGGCCGGGGUCAGCUACGCGGCGCCCUGGUGGGUGAGCCUCCUGCACCGGCUGCCCCACUUUGACCUGCACUGGGAGACCACCAGCAGCCAGUUCCGGCCCGAGGACACCGACUACCAGCAGGCGCUGCUGCUGCUGGGGGCGGCCGCGCUGGCCUGCCUCGCCCUGGACCUCCUCUUCCUGCUCGUCUACUCCUUCUGGCUGUGCUGCCGGCGGCGCAAGAGCGAGGAGCACCUGGAUGCCGACUGCUGCUGCACCGCCUGGUGCGUCAUCAUCGCCACUCUGGUCUGCAGCGCCGGUAUCGCCGUGGGGUUCUACGGCAACGGGGAGACCAGUGACGGCAUCCAUCGGGCCACCUACUCGCUCCGCCAUGCCAACCGCACGGUGGCGGGGGUCCAGGACCGCGUGUGGGACACCGCAGCUGCCCUGAACCGCUCGGCGGAGCCCAGCCUGCAGAGCCUGGAGCGGCAGCUGGCCGCCCGGCCAGAGCCCCUGCGGGCGGUCCAGCGGCUGCAGGGCCUGCUCGGAACGCUGCUGGGCUACACGGCUGCCAUCCCAUUUUGGAGGAACCCAGCCGUGUCUCUGGAGGCGCUGGCCGAGCAGGUGGACCUCUAUGACUGGUACAGGUGGCUGGGCUACUUGGGCCUGCUGCUGCUCGACGUGGCCAUCUGCCUCCUGGUACUGGUCGGCCUCAUCCGCAGCUCCAAGGGGAUCCUGGUCGGGGUCUGCCUGCUGGGGGUCCUGGCCCUGAUCAUCAGCUGGGGCGCACUGGGCUUGGAGCUGGCCGUGUCUGUGGGCUCCAGCGACUUCUGCGUGGACCCUGACACCUACGUGACCAGGAUGGUGGAGGAGCGCUCGGUGCUGAGCGGGGACAUCCUUCAGUACUACCUGGCCUGCUCGCCCCGUGCCGCCAACCCCUUCCAGCAGAAGCUGUCGGGCAGCCACAAGGCUCUGGUGGAGAUGCAGGACGUGGUGGCUGAGCUCCUGAAGACCGUCCCGCGGGAGCACCCGGCCACCAAGGACCCCCUGCUCCGAGUCCAGGAGGUGCUGAACGGCACGGAGGUGAACCUGCAGCACCUCACUGCCUUGGUGGACUGCCGCAGCCUGCACCUGGACUACGUGCAGGCCCUCACAGGCUUCUGCUAUGACGGCGUCGAGGGCCUCAUCUACCUGGCCCUCUUCUCCUUUGUCACAGCCCUCAUGUUCAGCUCCAUCGUCUGCAGUGUCCCACACACCUGGCAGCAGAAGAGGGGCCCUGAUGAGGAUGGGGGCGAGGAGGCCGCCCCAGGGCCGAGGCCGGCACACGACAGCCUCUACCGCGUCCACAUGCCCAGCUUGUACAGCUGCGGCAGCAGCUAUGGCAGCGAGACCAGCAUCCCGGCCGCAGCACACACUGUCAGCAACGCCCCGGUCACUGAGUACAUGAGCCAGAAUGCCAAUUUCCAGAAUCCCCGCUGUGAGAACACCCCUCUCAUUGGGCGCGAGUCCCCGCCGCCUUCAUACACUUCCAGCAUGAGAGCCAAGUACCUCGCCACGAGCCAGCCUCGCCCCAACUCCAGCAGCAGCGGGCACUAGACCGCCCGACAGCCACCCGCCCCACGUGCCAACCGCCCUGCUCCUCCCCGGGCCGGCCUUGCUGCUUACACCCGCGGCUGCCUGCCGCACCCUCCGCGCCCACCCCGCGCCUGCUGCCGGUGCCUCUGUGGCCACUCGCCCCUCUCCUCCCCUUCCUGCAGGGGCGUGGAGAUGCCCGGCAGGCUCCUGCUGGUGGUGACGCAGGGGCUCCGGGCCCACACCCUCUCCUUGGCUCACACACCUGGACACCUGGGGUUGCUGCUAGCGACGCCCGGGCCCUCCUGGCCCCCAGCCCCACGCCCCUCUUCCUCCGAGGCUUCGGGGGUUUGCAGAGCCCUGCCGUCUCCUCGGCUGGCAGCUGCCCCGACCCAUCCCUCCCACAGCUCUGACGCUUCUCCUGCUCCUCGGAUGCUUCUGUGCCUCACCUCUUAGUUCGUAGGCAGCACGGUGCUCCCGUGUGCUGGGCAUCUGGACAGACGGCCGUGUGGACCCACCCGCCUGCUUGUCUCCCAUGCGUGGAGACCCUCUUGUGGCGCCUUCACAUGCCUCUGCCGCAUCUGUAACUCCUUCCUUCCCUCGCCCCCCACCCCACCCCAGGCUCUCUACAUCGGGUCCCCACUUUCUCUGCUUCCCUCCUAGCAGCGCUCUCUCCCUCAGCACCCACCCUGCUUGUGGCACCCAGCCCUCCCCGGCGGCAGGAGACAGCAGGUGCCAUGCGGAGCCCAGGCUGCUCAUCGAGUGCUGGCCGCCCUCUUGGUGCCAAGACCCCUCCCCCACCCCAGAGACUUGACAGCUUCAUCCGGUUCAUUUUUUGCACUAACCAUAUUUGUCAUCUCUAGGGCAGGUGGGGUGGCGGGCCGAGUGGCACCCCCUUUUCGGUUCCUUUUCCAUCCAGGACAGGCACAGCGUCCCAGAGCCGGCUGGGGGGCUGGACCCAAGCUGGCUGUGAAUGUGCCCUCGGCCCCUGCCGCCCCUCUUGGGACUAACCACUGACCUCACUCCAGCCUCCGAGAGAGAGCACCCCUGGGCAACCCAAAGCCCGCGAGUGUGACGCCGAGUCCAGGCCAGAGUUGAGUCCCAGGAUAGCCGGCUGGGAGUCGGGCUGGAGAAGGUGUUUCUUCUCGUGGUGCUGCUGGGGGUGUCGAAGACUGAGAGGCAGCCCAAGGGCCUGGAGACCCCUCCCUGGGCAGGCGCUGCACCAGGGGACUGUGUCCUCAGGAAUGAAUGUCCCUUGGGCUGUAGGACUGAGGUCCCUGUGGCCUCAGUCUCCCUACCUGUGAAGUGGGAACAAGGCUUCCCUAAGGUGCUUUUGGCUUAGUGUACAAUGUUUGCUGUGUUUCCUGCCGCAGAUGGGGGUGCUACCCCCAGAUCAAGUUGGGAAGUCCCCUGCCAGUCCCAGCCCUGCCCAGCCAGCCUGAAGCAAGAGAGGCCAGGUGCAGGCUCUGCCCUGUGUCAGCCCAGGGGCAGCAGAGAGCCACUUGGCACCCACACGAGGGCCCAGGCCGGGGCAGACAGCAGCCGGCCGGGCAGUUUACAGACAUGGUGGGCUCUUUCUCCCAGAGCGGCAGGGCACCCCUUCCCCAGGGUGGCCUGGAAGAGGCCACCUUCCUCUGUGAUCCCUUCUUUGUGCUGGUAUCUGGGACCAAAAGCAUGGGUGGGCCUGGGACUAGGUCAUGUCUCCCCCUCUCCUGGGGCAGCUUCUGCCCUGGACAGGGUUGGGGGAGUGAGCAGGCACACACGGGGGUGCUCCAGGUGGGCCUGAGGGCCCGCAGCCUUGCAUCUGAGCCCUUGCACACGGCCAAACCUCACUGAAAGGCAACACACACACACACACACACACACACACACGCGCGGGCGCGCGCGCGGCGGUGCCACAGCCCAACCGACAAGUUUUUCUCUGGGCUCCGCCGCCUGGGCGGAGCAUUCCUACUCGGCCUCGGAUCAGAGGGGAGGCGCCAGCUGUGCUGCCUGGGGCGCCGCUCGGAAGCACAAACGGCCGCCCGGCCCGUGAGGCCGAAAUGUGAAUGUACAUAGCGUGAAGGCCGGGCGCCGCGCACCCUCGCCGCUCGGAGCACCUCCGUGCGUGCGUCUUGUGCGUGCCUGCCCGCCCAUCUGUGACUCCGCCCAGUUCCGAGGCGGAAGAAAGGAAAACGGGGAGGUUAAAAGGGGUGCAAGACCAAGCCUUGGUCCUGGACGGGGAGCGCGUCCCGCCCUUGGUUUUCUUUUUGCUGUUUAAGUUUUCAGGCCGUUUCCUAACCAGUCCCGUCCCGGUGACUUACCCGCAUCCGCUCCCACCCCUGCACCUGUGGUUCUUGCCCCUCGCAGGCCCUGCAGCAUCUUGGGCGGUGGUCCUCUUCCACGUGGAUGGGAGGGAGACGCCCCGAGGCCCCUGACGGGCUAGGCGGGCAGGAGGGGCUCCAGUCCGGCCGCUCGCCGAUGGGGCUCCUUGUGCAGGCCCACGCUCCCCCCAGCUCCCCUGGCCUGGUGUGGUAGGGCCUGAUCGGAAGCCCUGAUCCUAUAUGCCCCUCCACGCCCACCCCAUCUCACUAUGCAAUCCCAGUCCAAGCUCCAUUCCCUCCCUACCCCAAGACCCCCGCCCAGCCCGGGAGGGGUUCGUGGGUGACAGCCCCAAAUGGGGGGACGAGCGGGGACCAGGGCCUCUUGUGCGGGCUUUUUUUUUUUUUUUUUUUUUAACCAUAAUGGUUGUGUGCCGCACCACUUUAUAUUUGUUACAUAUAAUAUAUCUCUCGAAGUAAUUUUGUUAGGACUCCCCCUCCCAGGUUUCUCUCCUGGCCCUUGCAUCCCACCCACAAGGUGAUUUAGCGUCCUGAGCGGGGAACUGAGGCCUGAACCGCUUGGUAUUCUCCAACUUACGUAGGGCCAUGGCUGUAUGUGCUGUCGCUGUGUUUCUGGGUUUUUUUGUUUUUGUUUUUUUAACUGGGUUUGGGGUUUGAUUUUUAUUUCUCUGGGGGCUUUAUUUUUCUUGGCAAAUACUAAAAAUCUCGUCAAUGUAAUUUCUGUGGUUUCUAUUCAGCUUGGGUUUCAUGUUUUAAAAUAAACAAAUUUUAAAAAACA